GAAAAAGUUAGUUCAGUGCGGAUGUAGCAAGCACAUCUGGUGUGUGAUGUGUUCGCGCAAUCACUGCUAAUGUAGUUCGACGCAGAGGGCAGAUAUUACUGGAAAGCCAAAGGAAAAGAUCUGAGUACUGUCCCCUCUCGCUCGUUAUAAGUUUUAUGUUGCUUUUUUUGCGUUUGAGCAACUCGUGUCGUUCACAGCUCAGGGCACACGCAGUCGGUGUAACACUUGGACCGAUAUGGAGCCCAAAAAAGGCACCCAAGUGAUCCAUGUGCGAGGUGAUUCGGACUCGGAACUGGAGGCGCUUUUUAAAGUUGCCCUGUCACCAGAUCCAAAGAAUCAUAGCCUUCCGAUGAGGAAUAGGAAACUUCCCGAAUCGUUCUGGAAGCCACCAGAAACAGGAUCAAGGUCAUGCAACCAUAGUAGGGAGAGCAGUACCGAUUCGACACACCUCAUGAGAGCACCACCCCCUGGACUUGUCUCGUCGCAUUCUCGAGCUCAGUCGUCGCCGGCAAGUAUGCAACAGUCUCAGCUGAGUACCCCACAGACGCCACCCCACCACUCCCAACACAUCAGACAACACUCAGAGAUACCUGAUCACAUACCCUUGCCACCCGGAUGGGAAGUUGCCACAAUGCCAAAAACAGGACAAAGAUAUUUUAUCAAGAACAAAGAGCAACAGAUUCGACUGAGAGAUGGUACAGGCAUGCAGUACAGGCUAGGUUCUCCCAGAAACAGUGUCUUCCCCAAGAGAAGUCACAUAGAGAAAAGCACAACAUGGACAGACCCACGCCUGAAGUACUAUUCAAAUAUGCAAACUGGUACAACACUUGAGCCUUUACCUGGUGGAUGGGAGCAGGCAACUACCGAAGCAGGAGAGACAUAUUAUAUAAAUCAUAUAAACAGGACAACCAGCUGGUUUGACCCGCGGCUACAGCCAUCGAUGCAUGCUCAGCGAGCUGGCGGCCCUGGUGGUCCUGGUCACUUGCCCCCACAGCUUCAGCAACAGCCAGCUUCUCAGAUUCCCACCUCUGUGGGCGGGAAUUUGCCACACCUGUCACCACAGGCCCGGCAGCAGAACCUGCGCCUACAGAGCCUGCAGAUGGAACGAGAGCGGCUGCGCCAAAGGCAGCAGGAGAUUUUUCGGCAGGUAGGAUCUACCCAGAAACCCCAGUCGGCUGUGCAUGAACCGCCUGCAUGCCACAACCAGGAAAUGAUGUUGAGGAAUCACCUGGGUGGAGAAGAGCGUAGCACACCAGUAAGCACAACUGUGACGGGCGUUGUCGAUCCAUUCCUCGGCAGUGGUGGAGAAUACCACGCUAGGCAGGAGAGCGCAGACAGUGGCCUGGAGCUGGGGACCAACUACAGUCUACCUCGAACCCCUGAAGACUUCCUUGGGAACGUCGAUGAGAUGGAUACUAGUGAUGGUAACCAAAGUCAGAAUCCGCAGCAACACAGUCGUGUCCCACCAGACUUUUUAGACUCGAUGCAAGGAACGAACGUUGAUUUGGGGGGUUUGGAGAGCACUACGGCAGGAACAAAUAUGGAGAGUGAUGAUCUUGUGCCAAGUUUGGACAUAAACUCUGACCUAUUAGGAGAUGUUGAGGCUGUUCUCAAUAACAACAAAAUUGACAACCUUCUCACAUGGUUGUGAAGCGGAUACGCUAGAAGAUCCUGAAAGAAUGCUCGCCUAGUAGUUCACCAGCUGCUACACCUGUCCAAACGACGAUGUGAUGACUGCUGUAGCUAUGAUAUCAACCAAGGUCAUGCGUGCAGCCAGCAGGUUUAGUGAUGUGGUGGUGGAAAUUGGGACGCCGAGCAUAGAUCUGCGAUCAACGCGACAAUGACUUAAUAAUUCCAGAAAUCGAAACUGAUGCGAGAGAAUGUACAGAGAAUAUUCCAUGAAGGUGGGGUUCUUGCCAAUUGUUGAGAGUUGUGUGUCUUCGCCACUCUAGGGAUUCGGGUGGGGUGGGGUACAUUGCAGUGAGGUUGCAAUGAACAACAUGUGUAUAUUUACAAGAUGUCGCAGUGCUCAGUAGCAGCUGAGCUACAUGCAAGUGAGUGAGUGAGUGAGUGAGUGAGUGAAUGAGUGAAUGAAUGAAGAGUGUAUGAGUGUGUGAAUGAGCGACUGGGUGGAUGCGUUGUUUGAUAAAGGUGUAAGUAAGCAAGUGACUAAGCAAGGAGUGUGCUUGCUUGGUCCUAGUGGUUGUUUCAGUUUCCUGCAUGCUCUCGUACUUGUGACGUGCUGCCGGGCAGUGUUUUAGGGAGACACUGAGGUUGUAGCUGUUUUCUUUAGCAGUUUCAUUUAGUAAGGACAGUUUCUUUCUCACAGAGAAACUAUUUUAAGUACACUGUGCUAGGUAAUGUGAGUAGUAGGUAAACGCAGUAAUGAUCAAUUAUUUUCUAAGGUUUAUAAUUUUUUAAAUUUAUACAAAACACUCGUCUAUCAGAUUGACAUAUAUUUUAUAAAAAAUAUCAAAAAAAAAUUUAAAAAUCAAAUUUUAAAUAAUAAUGGGCCCAGGCCGUUGUUUUAUACGUUGUUUUGUCAAUAGUUGGCCCGUAUCAUAUUUUUUGCUGUUAUGCAAAUAUGGCAAAGAAGCACCACUCACUAAUCCCUGACAUAGAGAGAGGGAGUGGGUCCUCAAAGGUGAUACUAAUGCUUAUGAUAACUAGUCGGGUCAUUAGUUAUAUCAGGUGAGGCUCUCCCUCUGCUCUAGAGGAACAGGUAGGUGCCAAGCCCACAGCCACAGCAGAGGUUGUGAGAUACAUGAAAUUGCCAUGAAUAUUAUAUUAUUUUUGUACAGAGGUAAGUUGAAAAUGGAAGUAGUGGAGAGGGCGUCUGUUUUAUGGAGAGUGGGAAGGUGGCAACGUUUUCGCAAGUGCUGAUAGUAGCGUCAGAUGGUAAUUCCUUUGGCUUUCCUGACAUGAGAAUCUGUACUGAGACUUUUCAGCGAGGUGGUGGAGAGGCAGGGUGCGUGCACACACACGUACUGGGUAGCACUCGUUCGACCCUCGGGAGAGGAAGAAUGCACUAGCAGGUGGUGACACUGACACCACGGUUGGGCCGCCACAGCACCUCUAUGAGCAGCCGUGGCUCAUGUCGGGUAUACAGGCGUGAAGCCAGGUUACUGCUCGUUGUGCAGUGCGAGCCAGUUGUGGAAGUCGGCGCAGGUGACAUCACUUGCUGUGUUUGGGGCUGCGUUGCACCGUGGUGACAUUACUACGGAUAGGGCUCUGUUCCCUGCCCUGGUUGUAGGGAAAAGUAAUAGCAAAGAGUGUCGAUUUUUUUCCCAUGAAAGACUAUCAGAGCAAACAGAGUGCAAGUUUACAUAGUUGUACCAAUACCCAGUCUGCUGUCAUGCUAGCAGCGUGUGGCGAGACCUCGCUCAUCUAUAUUCAAGCAAGGUGCUUUUUGAGUGGCACUUGAAUUCAUUUGCACAAGGUUUCGUAUCUCUCUUAGGCUGUUAGUUUUUGACUAAGAGAUGACAACACGUGGAAGGUUGCUGCAAGCACACCGAUCUAGGUCUCGCCUGCCCUGUUAGUGUAAACAACUGUUACCUGGUUUUGUUCUGGUAAUGAUCUGGUGGUGUAUUGUGGCCAGACGUGCUGAGAGUGUACAGAUUCCAUCAAUUUGUUCCUGCAGUGCCAUCUACCUUGAAUUGGAGAGGACAUUUUUCUCUUUGUGUGCUACCAUAGUGCUAGCGCUUGGUAAGCUAGAACGGUAUUUCAUGCACCAGGAUAUAACAGAUGUAAUUGGUUCCUGUGCACUUUCAGCAUUAUUCACAUUCACCCGAAAUGUUUUAAUUCGCGAUUUGAGAUAACGAUAUUAACGAACUUGUAAACUAGUGUGCAACUGCCCUUCCUUACAUUGGACAAUUUGACGAGAGUAUUGAUUUUAGAGUAAUAAUGUGGUAGUGAUUAAUAUGUAUAAACCAUAUUUGAGUGCUACUGUUAACUGUUUAGUCAAACGGACUGAAUAACAGUGGUACUUGUAUGGAAUUCCAGUUGAUGGAAACGUACAUGUAUUAGACAGUUUAAGCAUCAAAAUAUUUUUGUUUUCUAGUAGGAUGUGUAUUUGUGGACACAGCCUCCUUCUAUAUGUCGCAAGUUGAGGCUGAAAGGUCAUUUACAAUCUCUUGAAUCAAGUUGAGUAAUGCAAAUUAUGUUUGUGGAAGGGCAGUUGCAUGUUUGUCUGAAGUCGCACUUGGUCCGACCAAUGUCCGUGAUGCAGGUAUGCAACUUUGAAGAUGUACGAUUGGGUGAUGCAUCGCUUGCUAACCUGCAUGUCGGCGUUGAUGUUGCAUUUUUUGUUGUUGGUUUCUAGCAGGUAAACAGAGGGAAACCCAGCAAGAAAGCCUUUUUGAGGUGGUUUAUCUGGCUCUCACUGGAUGAACAAUAGAAUCACCCCCUUGUGUUGCAAACUUUGUGCCUAGUUUUAGGUAUGCAGUUACUAACCAUAAUGACUCGGUAGCUACCGCUGAAUACCCAGGUUGACCGACUAAUGUUCAUCUUGCUUCUUAGGCAUGUCUCUCUUCUUAACUCUUAUUUAUACAACAGCAAUUUAGCAAAAUAGCAUGAUUACCAAUAUUACUAUGCGCUUAUUUAAAGCCAUUCUAACCACAAACCUCUGGUGGGAUUUUAAGCUGAUUUGCCUCGGUGCAGAGGCUUUUAAUUCUUGCUUGCUGAUAAAGGUACGGUGUUACGUUCUACAGUGAGCUUGGUGUUUUUAACAUAGAGUUGCUGGUAAACAAAGUGUAAUACGAUGAUAAACUGUUCUUUAGAAAAUUCACUUGGCAUUAUAGCUGACUCUACUCUUUUUGCAGUUGAAUGUGUUUGCAUCGAGUAUUGCUAUUCAUCAACUUUGCCUGCAUACAGAAUAGAGCUGUUGUGAUAUUGUUUUUAACAGACAAUUUUAAUGUUGAAUUUUACUGAAACUAUCACACUUUUGUGAGGGUGAUUUAUAUUUUGGCAGCUAUAGCUCCAGCUACAUGUAAAUGCAAUGAAGUGGUUGUGCUAUAAGGUGGUGAAAACCGUUGUUCGCUGGUUAAUUUAAUGUAUCACUCGCAUACACACCGGUGGUUUUGUCAAAGCACUUUUACACUGAUUAUUGCUGUGACCUCGUUUUUACUUUUGUUCAUAAAUCCUACACAUUUGUCUUGGUAAGAAACGACUGGAUUGAUGUCACAAUAGACAUUUUUUUAAAUACAGUGACAAAAUUUGAGCUAAUCUGAUCAAAUUGAAUCCAAUGAGUAAUAUAUACUACUGCUGCUGGUGGUUAUGCUGGGGUGUUACUGCAUGCUGAAGCUACACACAAACUGCAUAUCUAAGAGGGGUUAAGCCCCAACUGGCUGAUUACACUCAUGAACUUACAAUGCAGGUUUAAAGACGCAGGUCAAACGAAUACUGCAGUAUUGCGUUUUAUUGGAUGAGACCUUUGAGAUGUGCUUACACAUUACCGACCUGCAUUAGUUGUGUUAUCUUGUCGCAGUGUGGUGCACUGUGACAUGGAGGCGUUUUAAUUGCUCGUUUUGUUUAAUUUCAUUUUUGGCUAUAUUCAGAUUAAGGUUUUAUAACGAGGAUAAGAGCAAUGGGAUCUUGCUUCGCAGGGACUCACUUUCAAACGCGUAUGGUUUGGUUAUUGAAACUUGCACUGCAAAAUUUACAUUUUGCACAUAUAUAAAUAAGGUUGUAAACCCCCUUAAGAAUUUCGUCAGAAUUCGGUGUUCAUUCAUAGAAGAUUGUAGCCAGCCAUCCCUUGAUUCUUAGUAACGAUAGAUCAUUGCUCCUCACCUAUACGUUGACGGUGACGAUGCUACUUCUGUGCAAUUUUUGUUGAUCAGAACGAACUAUUGAUUAAUGACGCGGGACAUGUAAUGAAGUGGUAAGGAAUGAAAGCAAUUGUGCACGACUUUCCUACUUGUUGGUGUGACUGUGCAAGCGAUCUUACUAAAUCCGGAGAUCUGUGAGAGAAAAGCCAAUUGAAAGCCAGCUUACCUGGCAGCUUAACUCAAAAAUCUUUAAAAAAAAUGUGCAUCUUGUUAUUGUAAUGAUUGUUUCAUUUUAUGGGAAUGUGCACAUAGGGCCAGUGCAUAUAUGUAAGCUGGCAUUAGUGGUUUUUCACAUAAUACGAAUUUAAAAGAGAUAUAAUAUUUUUAUGUUGUGGUUGGGUGUUAAGCUGUGGGUUCAUGGUUAGCAUGGUUACUAAUGUACAGGUGUGAGUUGCUUGGUGAGACAGUGCUGCAAUACUGCAUGUAAAAAAAAUUGUAACGUGUUUAUGUAGUCCAAACCACCAUCGUCUGUUUUCCUUUUGUUUGCAGCUUGCAAUUUUGUUUACAACUGGGUGAUUCUACCUCUUGAGUAAAUGUUCAUUAAAUCUAAAUGCUAGUAGCAACCAGGUGUAACCUUCACGUACGGCACUCAUUCAAAUUUUAAACGCUGAUACAGAUAUGAUGGACAAUGAUCAGCAUUUCCCCACGUGCCGUAUGUUACGAGUUACUCCCGGUGAAAACUGUUAUUUGCUUUUAGGCAAGUUUUCGUCAGACUAUGCACUAACAUUAGAUGGGAUGAUUUAUAGUAUUCGUGGCUUAGUUUCUGAGUACCAAUUUGGCCAAAUAGCACAGAAAUUAUGAUGGAAUACAAUCAGCCAUCUUUGCAUGUAAUAUAUUAUGUAUAUAUAUAUAUUCAUAUGUAUAUAUAUAUAUAUAUAUAUAUAUAUAUAUAUUUAUUAUAUAUAUAUACUCGUACGUAUGCACGCGCGUAGGGGUUAAACAGGCGUGUGAGAGUAAAUUAUAUACGUUCGUAGGCCCAGUUAAAUCGAUCAUGUAACAGUUUGGAUUUAUUUUGAGUUUAUGUAGACAGCCAUAAAAUAAAGACAAUUGAACUAUGACAUGAAUACAGCACCACCUGGUGUCAAUGUAUCAACGCCAGGUGUGUUGGAUGAGUAACUGUAAUAUGUGAUCCCAAGUUAGAUCUGUCAUGUAUAUAACUCCAUUUUAGCAACUUUUAUAUCCUUGAUUACAUAUAAGAUUUCUUCUAUUGUGAUUUUCAUAAAACAUUAAUUUUUGUAACGUUACACCUGUAGGAGGUGACCGAGUUAAAACCUGUAAAUAAAACAAAAAUUAAAAACUCA